AUGGAACAAAAGAAAUUGAAGUCCACAGAGUUUGGAGGAGGCCAGGAGCUUCACUGUGGUACUCCCAUCCCCAGGCCAUCGACUCAACCCGGGAAUCCGGCGAAGGACGUCGUGGUGAAGGAUCGGGAGGAGGGGACCCACGAUCCACUAGACCGUCCUUCCGUGCAAAGCAGAUGUUUCCUCCGAGAUUCCACGACGACACGUCGAGAAAAUGGCGUCCUCUUCCGAAAGGCAGCGAAGAUGACGUCGAUUCGAGAGAAGGCGGGUCGAGUCCCAACCUUGGUGCAUCGUCAAUUCAAUUCCCCGCUUCUCAUGUACAGCCCCGAAGCUGUUGCCGAGACUCUGGAUGCUCACAUGAAGGUCCUCAAGACCGGGGCCGUUGGCCCUCCCAGGAUCACUCCUCUCCCUUUCAACGAGUCUACGUACGUGUGUUUUCCUAGCAUCGAUUUCGGGGAAUUGUCCGCGGCUCCGAACUUACGCAAAAGUGAAGUCUUGCGGGCACUAGAAGAGAUGGAUCACCGCGGACGACCUGGCGUGUGGCCUCCUGCAGCCGCAGGUCAGCAGACUGAGGAAUCCACGUUCUACACCACUGAUCAAGGGAAGCGUGUGCACUGGCCACCAGCAGAAGAGGAGGGAGUUGAGGAAGGAUCUGCCAGUCCAUACCAGGAGACGCCAGGACUCCACCAGCAUUCCCAUCAGAGUCACCAUCCCCAUUAUCACUAUCAACAGCAGCAGGAGCCGCCCCCGACAAUGAUGCCUUUGAGGAUGGUGACACCGAUUUCCCAGCCUUCCCAGCCGGUCCACAUCACUUUCCCCACUUUGAAAGUUCAACCCAAGAAAUGGAUGAGAGGAGACCAAAAAUGGCCGCCGAAACCCGCUCAACCUGUCGAUGAAGAACCCCCCAAAGAGACCCUGCGACCCCUAAAGCAAAGGAAAGACUACAGGGAGUUCUUCGAGGCGAACAAGCUUCCCAUGAACUACCCAGGGUACAGGGCUCCGCCGGGAACCCAGUACUUUGGGCACGAGACUGAAUACGAAAACUACCAGACCCAGUAUCAAUCCUUGCAUCAAGGCCAGACAGAUAUGUGAAACUAUGGACAGGAAUUCCCGUUCUCCUUUCCAUCAUACUGCCCAUUCAACCACACAACAUACCCACUGCCCGAGAUGCAUCUGAAAAUGCAGAUAUUGAGCUUUGUGGGAUCGAUCUGCAUGUCUCCAGAAUCAUUCGAUUUUUAUUUGCUUUUUCUUUAUUGAAAUCCCAGACUUUUUUAAUAUCUUCCUUGGCAGAGCAAGGGAGAUGGAGGAGGGAAUGUUUCCUCAAAACCAAAACUUAGGUAGGUGGCUCCCAGCCACAACCCUUUUUUUUUUUUAAGUGAAUUUUACUGAGCUCCUGACCAUGACCUCAUCGAAUGGGAAUCAUGACCGAUCGCAGGGUGAUUUUUCCUUUGAUUGCUUAAUCUUACCUCGACUAAACUGUGAUGAAAACGGUUCGACUAACGGAGUGGACACUUGGUUCUCUCUCUUCUCUCAAUAACAUGCGCCAAUAUAUGUCCUUUGUUGAAGCAAUAAAAAAUUCUUAGUU